AUGGUACAAAUUGAACUUUGUUUUGUGUUAGCCAAGAAAUUCCUCUCCUUUUCCUCCCCGCAGCUGUGCCGCCUCACCUCCCCGGCCCCUCGCCUGCCCAUCUACGCUGGCCCCAGCAGCCUGCCCCCCGCGUCCCCCGGCCCCACAGCCCUGCCCCACAGCACCGCCUGCCCCUCGCCCAUCAGCGUGGCCCUGGACAGCACGGCAGGCACCGAGAGGGAGCAGGAGCCCGGCGGGGCCAGCCCCAGCCCCUUCCCCUCCACCGCCGGCAAGGUGGGAGCUGCGGCGCCUCCCAAGCCCCGUGUGGCCGCCCUUUCCCUCAGACGGUUCCUGAAGAGGGGCUGCCUGAACUCGCCCGUCUUCGCGGCGCUCUCGCCGAGGUGCCCGGCCGUGCCCCACGGGAAGGUGCAGCCGCUGGGCGAGCGGGAGCAGCGGCUCCGGCAGGACGCCAAGGCGGUGAGCAGCUUCUUCCAAAUAAAAAUGGACAUUGCUUUGGAGAGCCGAAUCUACCCUGUGGACUCUGUGGAGGAAGAGCACAAGUGCCACCAGGUUUGUAAGGAAUCUGCAAAGGAGGUGAUCUGCCCCUGGGAGAGCCCCACAGAAGAGGGCAGAGCUGGGUAACCAGCAGCGCCUGAAGCAGCCAAGAUGUGACCCCCUAACGAACAGACGCUUGCUGAGACACUGGGGUUUGCCACGUAUGGUUCAGUACAUGGGCCAUGCUGUUAAAGAAGUGCAUUAGAGCCAUCCUUCAGCAUCAAGGCAGCUCAGACUACGACAUCUAUGAAUAAUGAACUCUGAUAUACCCAUCUGUUUGUAAUUCAAGAAUUUGAAGCAUUUCUGGACUGAUUUUCCUAUCUUUAGUAUAUUCAGAUCCAUUCAUUAUAGACUUCUUGAUAAAUGAACCUCAUUUCUUGCCUUAUAGCAGAUGGAAAAUUUAUGUACAUAUAUCCUGGGAAAUGGUGUCUUAUCUGAGUUACUUGCUUGGCCAUGAGGUGUCAGCACACUGUACACAACACAGCUGGAGCAGAGCUUGCAGGCAUUUUUCAGAGCAGGACUAAGACUUCAAGCACUGCCAAGAUCAGACGUGUUUUUGUCCCAGCUUGGGUCCACCUCUUAUUAUUAAUAAGAAUUCUUAAUUUUAAAUCAAAUUCAUUAAGAAACAGCUGAUAGCUGGGGAAAAAAAAUCAAACCUUUCCUGAGCACGUCUGUAUCAGCUCCACUUUCCCUUUUGUGGCUUCUCAGUGCCAGGAUGGGUCUUGAAACUGUGAAUUGGACUGCACCCCUGCAACACCCAGGAAGGUCAGAAAUGAGUCUGUGUUGGCAUUUUAAGGCUCUCCAAACUUAGAUUGAUGCAUUGCCUGAUGCACAAUUUUUAACUGUGUUAUUAUCAAGAGUCUUAGAGCAUCACUUUCCUUAUGUCACACCAGAGUUUCAAGAUCUUUUUUUUUUUUGUUCAAGUGUAGAGGGGUUUCCUAGAUGUGUAUGAUGUGGGCCAUUAUUCUGCAAGUUGACCACGUGGCCUGUGACUUUUGAUGUUGCUAUUUUGUACUUUUUAAGUGUAAAUGAAGUUCUGCUUGUGUGGCUGA